GAGAAGUCGGAGGAGAGACGCCGGUCUGACAACAUGAUCUGUCUUUUCUUAACCGUGUUUGCAUAUGUGUUUAAAACCGGAUGGACGGGUGUGAAUGAGCGCACCUUCAUAGCUGUAAAGCCGGAUGGUGUGCAGAGGAGGCUAGUAGGAGAGAUCAUUCGCCGCUUUGAACGAAAGGGGUUCAAACUGGUCGGCCUUAAAUUUUUGCAGGCUUCUGAUGAGCAACUGAGGGAUCACUACAGGGAUUUGAGGGAGAAGCCAUUCUUCAACGGUCUGCUCAAGUACAUGAACUCUGGGCCAGUUGUAGCUAUGGUGUGGCAAGGCAUGGAUGUGGUGAAGACCUCCAGAAGGAUGCUUGGAGAGACAAACCCUGCUGACUCUCUGCCUGGAACCAUUAGAGGAGAUUAUUGUGUGGAAGUGGGACGUAACGUUAUCCAUGGCAGUGACUCCGUGGAAAGCGCUCAGAGAGAAAUCUCCAUCUGGUUCAAGGAGCAUGAGCUCGUCUGCUGGGAGGAGAGCACUGAGCACUGGAUCUAUGCAUAAUGCACUCCAAUAAUCACACCAACGUUGCCACCUUAUGUAAGUGUAGUGCAGGGCUGGAUACUCUCUUGGGCACUUCUAUACUACCGCAGGAGGAUAUAUAGUAAUUCAGACAAUGUGCUAAAGAGCUGAGCUAAAAUUUAAAGGUUAAAUUGCACUAAAAGAGAAUUUGGCACGGGUGAAUCAUUUUCUUUGAUCGUGUAUCAUUUAUCCCUGAUGUUUGAUGAAGUACCCAAAUGGUUUUGCUUUGUGUGUACUAAAAAUAUUUGCCUAGGACAGACGGCUUGCCGUAAUCAGAGGCAGAUUUAAAAUCUGGUCAUUUAUCAAGGCCAUGCUAGUAAUUAGUUACAGUUUUGUUGCACUGAGGAAAAUGUUACAAUGCUUGUUACAAUGCUUGUUACAAAUUGUUGGUUGCUCUAUAAUUUGCAGAGUUGCAGUUACAUUUAUGUUGUGCAGCAUUCACUCUUUUCCAUAUAGAGUUUGAAUCCCCAGCUGUCGUGUAAAUACAGACGUGAUUGGCUAUCUCUGAGAGGGGAAUGUCCAGGACCCCACGAAGGAUCGAUGUCCUGUCCGGAGUGUGUUACUCUCUUGCGGCAAGAGAUCCUGAAGAAACUAGACCCUUUGUGACCCUGAUCAGGAUAAAGUGGGUCCGGCUUCUGGGAAACAUUGGGUGCCAGAAGGAAUACACCCUGGACAAGGUGCCAAUCCAUUGCAGGGCUUCGGUCAUCCCCCUGUCCCCCCUGACACAGCCAACCAUGUAUGUAGGUACCAGGCUGGUCAUAUGCAGCUGCUGAGAUUUGAACCCGGAUCUCAGGGUUGGUGAGAUAGCAUAAUAGAUGGCUGUGCCACCUGUGCGCCUAGUUUACAUUUUGAAAAAUUGUAGCAUCACCAACUUAUUAGGUUUUUUAAAUAUUAUUAAGGAUUUUUCUAGUAUUGUAAACAUUACAAUAUGCUUAUGCAGUUUAAUGUUAUAUACAUGAGCUACAACAGACAGGUGCGUUUAAGUCAGAAAUGGUAAAUGCUUUUUGCCGUUUUAGCCGUUAACUUCUAUUUUAAUUCAUAUAUAAUAACGUAUGCUAAGAAAAGGUGCUGCUUUAAGACAAAACCUUGUCUUGUAAAUGAGCAAGGUAUAUCUUGCCCUAAUCAAAUUCUCCGUUAAUUCUAUUAAUUUAUAUUCAUGCUUAGAAUGAUGCCACAAUUUUGAGCUUCUCUGCUGUUACAUAUUAAAAUGAAUGUACUGCACUUAAUUUAGAUGUUUAGUUACACCACAAUUUCAGAAAUUCUGAGAUUACGUUUUUUUGCGACUAUAUUAAAUAGAUCCAUUGUUUCUUUGUUUACUUUUUUACUUUCUAAAUGAAGAAAAACAGCAGACCCGUGUCUUCUUUCUGUGUAUUUUGAACACUACAUGUUACUGUUUGUAUAAAUAACAAAAGCAAUAACGAACCAAAAGAGCUAUCUUAAAAAGAUUCUUAACCAAAGCACUGUUACUGUUAUGGGUUUAGUUCCGUUUCCUCUGCUGUGUCAACUCAAAGGUGCUCUCCGUUUUAAAAUAAAGAGUUUUCUACAGCUUUGAA